AUGGCAAAGAACAUCAACUCAGUGAGCAUCACCGUUCUCUUGAUUGUCCUCAUAGUCGCUUCGACUGAAAUCCUCAAGAGUGAAGCUCAAACAUUUUGCUUUGAGUGCGGACCAGUGCCGUACGCAGGUACAAAUACUGAUUGCUUUAACUGUUGCAAAGACAGAUACGGGAGUCCUCCGGUUGUUAAAGGGGUAGCUGAGGGAACCCCGAAACACUGUCAUUGCUAUUGUUAA